UUCGCCCCGCCUCCCCCUCCUUCUUUCUGCUUCGCUUCACCGUAUAGUGAUGGCUGAAUCAGACUCCAGGAAUUAACCUGUUUCGUCCAAUACGGAACCACCGCAAAGAAGUCUGAGAGACGGAUACGCACGAAGUGCGGAGAACUUGGGCGGAAGACAAGAUGAUGCGCUUUAUGCUGCUCUUCAGUCGCCAGGGAAAGUUGCGCUUGCAGAAAUGGUACACUGCAACGUCAGAGAGAGAGAAAAAGAAAAUGGUUCGUGAGCUGAUGCAAGUUGUCCUUGCCAGGAAGCCCAAGAUGUGCAGUUUCCUGGAGUGGCGAGACCUCAAGAUAGUUUAUAAAAGAUAUGCCAGCUUAUAUUUUUGCUGUGCUGUGGAGGACCAAGACAAUGAACUGAUUACUCUAGAGGUCAUUCAUCGAUUUGUGGAACUGCUAGACAAAUAUUUUGGAAGUGUUUGUGAGUUAGACAUAAUCUUCAAUUUUGAAAAAGCCUAUUUCAUUUUGGAUGAAUUUUUAAUGGGGGGAGAGAUCCAAGACACUUCCAAGAAAAGUGUCCUGAAAGCAAUUGAGCAAGCCGAUUUAUUACAAGAGGAAGAUGAGUCGCCUCGAAGUGUCCUUGAAGAGAUGGGUCUGGCAUAGCAGAGCAAUAAUUUUCUUUUUUCAAUUUUUCUUUUUUCUUUUUUUUCUUUUUCUCAACUAAUGGGACCAGUCACUUUGCUCUGUGAGGAAAAAUACAGUCUUCUGGGCUGUCACAUUUCAUGGUUGCUACUACUCAUGUGAAGUUCACAUAGUAAAUAGCUACUGAGUGGGUUGUAUGUAGGAGAACAGAUGGCUGCUACUACUCUUGUGAAGUUCACAUAGUAGACAGCUAUUAGUGGGCUGUCUUCACUUGGUUAAAGAUUGAGUACUAGGAUAAAAGACCACAGGGAUGCCCUUCCACCUUUAUGUUGUUGACAUUUUGCCUAACAGUUAUAUUUCCUGUACAUUUUACAGUCUUCCCCUGUCAUUCCCACCCAUAUCAAAGCAUAUGUUAUUUUGUCAGUGAUGACAAAGUGAUUGCCUUUGUGCUGUUUCCAGCAUUAUUUGAAGUAUAUAUGUUGGCUCCUGCAGAGCACCUAAUACAGAAGGCAAAAACUUAGCAGCAUGUCAUAUAGCAGCCCUGUAAUUACCUGCUGCUCCUCAGAAGUUCUGACAACCAAAUACUGAUAAUUGCUGACUUUUUUAUACUAGAGUGUGUCAGAAUAAACAGACUUGGCAACUCAGAGCAAACAGUUGACUGAAAUAUAUGUUGUCAAUUGAAGUUACAAAGAAAAAAGACUGCUUAUUCAGUUACUACUCUAUACUAAAGGGAAUUGUGUGAAUGUAUUUCUUAUUUUAUUGGAAAUUAUAAUAUUCAGCCAUUGUCUGCUUAGGAAGGAAAGCAGCAAAGCUGGGAGUAUUAGUUGAUACUUUAAUACACAAGAUGGGGAAAAAGGAUGAAUUAAUGUGUUCUUUAUUUUGAAACGUUUAUGAUUUUAAUGUUCUUCAAUUUUUGCUUUAUUCUCUUCUUCUCCUGUAAAGCAAUUUAAUUUUAAUCUGUGUUAAAUUAAAAUGAAAAUAAAACUGAUUUCCACAUGUG